CAGGCAGCCGAUUGGUUUUGGUGUUUGUAAUUUGGAAAAUGUAAAAGCGUUUGUAUUAUAAUACUAUAAUCUGGUACAGAUAUUAUUAGAUUACUCUCUAAGUGCACUCCAAACAAGAUGCGCAUAUUAGCAACCAUCGGACGGCGAACCUGUCAACUACUGUCUGUCUCCCAACUGAUCUGCGAGUAAUUUGUGAUCGGAACCUACUUGAGACCUGAGACUGAGCAGAGAGAAGCUGAUUUUGGGGUAUUCGUGAGGUUUGCAAUCGAUUAGUCAAUGGCCGCACCACCGGCGAGGGCGAGGGCGGAUUAUGAUUACCUCAUCAAGCUUCUCCUCAUCGGCGACAGCGGUGUGGGUAAGAGUUGUCUUCUUUUGCGAUUCUCUGAUGGUUCCUUCACAACUAGCUUCAUCACCACCAUUGGAAUUGAUUUUAAGAUAAGAACCGUUGAGCUUGAUGGAAAGCGGAUCAAGCUUCAAAUUUGGGACACAGCUGGACAAGAGCGAUUCCGCACUAUCACCACAGCUUAUUAUCGUGGUGCCAUGGGAAUAUUGCUGGUUUAUGAUGUUACAGAUGAAUCGUCUUUUAACAAUAUUAGGAACUGGAUUAGAAACAUUGAACAGCACGCUUCUGACAAUGUCAACAAGAUAUUGGUAGGAAACAAAGCUGACAUGGAUGAAAGCAAAAGGGCUGUUCCAACCUCCAAGGGCCAAGCACUCGCUGAUGAGUAUGGCAUCAAAUUCUUCGAAACUAGUGCAAAAACAAAUCUUAAUGUGGAAGAAGUUUUCUUCUCAAUAGCCAGGGAUAUAAAGCAAAGGCUUUCCGAUACAGACACGAAAGCAGAGCCGACUACCAUCAAAAUCAAUCAACCUGACGGAUCUGCUGGAGGCGGGCAACUUGCAUCGAAGUCGGCAUGCUGUGGUUCUUGAACGAACAGAAGACGUCAAGAGCAAUGACACUUAAAAGUCAGUGUCACGCCGUGAGAAGAAGAACGAAAAAGGGGGAGAAAAAGAAAAGACUAUUGUGGUGAAUAUUUGUGGAAUUUUCGCUUCUGGAAAUGGGUCUAGUGUGGUAAUGAUAUAGGUUCUUGUUGAUUUGAGACACAGGAAUUUGCGUCUUCCUAUCGCUAUUAAGUUUAACGCACGUAUUCUACUUUCAAAUCUCCACGCAGAUUCAAUAUUUUAAUGUGCGAUGUGCAAACUUCAGUUCUGAAACUACUUGUUCAAAAAGUGCUAUUUGUGACUUGUCAGGGAAA